AGUAGUUUUGUCUUAGCAUUUGCCGGAGUAUGUUUGUGCGGUAUCGUUUGCUGGAAAACGAAAUUGAACAUAAUUUGUUGCUCUUCGGACAAAAUCGCUGCGGAUUUUAGCUACGCUCGUUCUAUAAUUAGCAAUUUUGCAGUAGACAUUUGUUUACAGGGCAUAAGAAAAGUCAACUUAAUUUUGUGAAUUUGAUGCAUCAACAGUUUAACGAUGUGUCUACCAAAUAAGAUACUUUGGUGUUUUGUGCUUCUGUUUGUUGCUUUGUCCUCAGAGUCUCAGGAACGUUCUACCAACGGCGAUAAGCAAAGCGAUAGUUCGAUGGUGCGAUAUGAUCUUUUCGCAAGCUCUAUAAAAUAUCAAAACAAAGAGAUCAAGUCAACACGGGGUAUUUCACGUGAAAAUUUUAUCAAGAAUGAUGACAAAAUAAAAUAUGAGUCCUAUAUUAAUUCUACAAAGAACGAGAGAAAGGAUGAUGUUUUGAAACAAUAUGAGUCUCGCGGACGUAUCAUAAAAUAUUGCGAAGAAAGUAAUCAUAUUUCUAUGGGAUCUACCACGAAUUCUACGGACGUUAAUAAUUCCAUGAUACAAGAAAUUAAGAAUUUCUCCAGAAUCGAAAGAGAGAGCAAUUCCACAUUGCAUGAAAACGGAAAUUCCAAUAAAAACACUAAAAUUCCAAAAAUCUCUAACAUCGACAAUGUUUCGUAUGAAAUGUGUCACAACAUUACUUGUGUUCAACUCUGUUGUCCUGUUGAUAAUUUCAUGAAAGAAACGGGCAAAUGCGUUGCUAAUGAAAGUGGUACUUACUAUUUUCCAAAGAUGAAUAAAUAUAAGGACGGUCCCGAUGUCCCAACAUUUUCCGUGACUUUCCACGAUCCAUGCCUUUCACAAGGAUUUGGAAAAAGUUUGCUUCCUUCCAAUGAAUACUAUUUUCUCACUGAUGGCUCUUUAUAUCAAGGCCCUGGCAAAUUCAUUUUACCGACGUCUUACUGUUUAGUCAGUUUUAAUCUAGAGAUUUAUGAAGUGUUGGUCUGCAAUAAUCAGAGAAUGUAUCCGAUAUAUAUAUCCGCUUGUCUCCUAAUAUCUUUGCCAUUCCUGCUAGCGACGUUUGUGGUAUAUUCCAUAUUACCAGAGCUCCAAAACAUGCAUGGCUAUACAUUGCGUGCACACAUAGUCUCAUUAUUUAUCGCAUACGUAAUUAUGUAUUGUGGUCAACAAGUUUCCGAAUUACAACAAGUUGAUGACGAAAUAUGUUGCAUUACAUUAGCUUAUAUUUUGAAUUUCUUUCUUUUAUCAACUUUUUUCUGGCUAAAUGUAACAUGCUUUGACAUUUGGUGGAAAUUCAGAAAGCUCCAUUUUUAUCAAACAAAUAUAAGGCAAGAAAAAAAUAAGUUUGUAAUGUAUUCCAUAUAUGCGUGGGGAAUUCCGUUGAUCCUUAACAUUAUUUGUGCUAUUGCGGACAAUGUUAAUGGGAUAGAAAAAGAUUGGAAGCCACAAAUAUGUACGAAAAAAUUUUGGUUUGGUGAAAAUCUGGCAAAAAUGAUAUAUUUUUACGUACCCAUGAGUGCUACUAUUGUUAGUAAUAUUUGUUUCUUUAUUGCUACAACACUAUCAAUUAUGUACCAGAAUAUACGUACAGCUAAACAGCUGAGACACUCGGAGAGCAAGUGCCACAAUGAUAAUAAGCAGAGGUUUAAAAUGUACUUGAAGCUGUUUAUAGUAAUGGGAAUAAGUUGGAUUAUGGAGAUACUAGCAUGGUUGAUCGAUUCUGUGCCGUCAUAUGUUUGGUAUCCUACUAAUAUGUUAAAUAGCUUACAAGGUCUCAUCAUUUUUAUCAUAUUUGUCUGUACAAAAAAUAUAAAACAACAGCUGCUAAAACAAUACGGCGGGCAGAAUUGCGGUCCAUUUGGUAAAAUUCCAAUGUACAAUGAUAGAACGUCGUCAAAUAUUACUACGACAUCGACAUUGGGAACGGAACCUAUGCAAGAAAUGAAUUCCACUAAUCAACAGCAAGUCUCGCAAUGUCUUACUGGUAGCACUGAAACGUAAAGGAAAAAUUUAAUUAUGAACGAAUUAGUUACAUUAUCUUGUACCUGGUUCUCUUUACAGAAAACAUAAUAAUACAUAAUAUUUUAUUAGAAUGUUUUGUAAAAUGGAA